UGCGGCGGCACGGCCAUGGGGUGUCCCCGCGGUGUCUCUUGGGGGAAGACAUGAAACAGGGACUUUAAAUUUGGGGGGAUCCCCUUUGGGGCUGUGGGAGGACAGGAGGGGGCCCAGUUUUGGGGCUUUCCCAGGGGUCACAGUGGGGGUAGGGAGGGGUUCCGAGGAGGUUUUGGGUCGAGAGAGUCUUGUAUUUGAGGUAAUCCGAGAGGGUAAGGGUGGGAUGGGAUGAGAGGGCUGCAAUUCUAGAGCAUUCCUGGAAGGGCUGGGUGAGACUGGAGGGCCCAGGGUGAGGAAGGGUCCCAGAUCUGAGGCUCUGUGUAGGUAGGGGUGAGGAGAGGCUCCCCUGGUUCUGUGGUGAUCGGGGGGUGUUGCUGCAGGCAGGCAGGGCUGUCCCAGUGGAGCUGCAGCCCCAGACUCGGAGCACAGCAUGGGGUUGGGGGUUGCACGAGCAGGUUUCCCUGCACGAGGGACCCUCACUGACCCAGCGGCCAGAGGUCUGUGGCACUGAUGUCCUCACUGGCUGCCCCACAGUUGGUUGCGGCAGCACGAGUAUGUGGAGAAGCUUAACAUGCACGGCAUCCUGAGUGCCUCAACGGGCCAGGAGCAGCUCCUCACCGAGCUGCUGGUCACCCAUGCCAAGAUUCCUGUUCUCAUUGGGGAGCUGAUCUCUGUGGAGAUCUGGAAGCACAAGAUCUUUCCUGUGCUGUGCCGGCUGGAGGACUUCAAGCCGAGAAGCACCUUCCCCAUCUAUGUGGUGCUGCACCAUGAAGCCUCCAUCAUCAACCUCCUGGAGACAGUGUUCUUCUACAAGGAGGUCUGCGAGUCAGCAGAAGACAGCAUUCUGGAUUUGAUCGAUUAUUGCCACCGCAAGCUGAUCCUGCUGGCAGCUCGGAGCACCAAGGCACAAGCAGUGACCUCAGCAGAGCUUCGUGCUGAGCAUCUGGCCAGCCCCUCAUCCAUGCAGGAGCUGCAGAAGCAGGCAGAGAUGAUGGAGUUUGAGAUUUCCCUGAAGGCCCUGUCUGUGCUGCGGUUCAUCACUGACCAGGUGGAAAGUCUGCCCCUGAGUGCACUGACACGGAUGCUGAACACACACAACCUGCCCUGCCUCCUUGUCGAGCUGGUGGAGCAUUGCCCCUGGAGCUGUUGGGAAGCAGGCAAGCUCAAGAAGUUUGAGAAUGGCACAUGGCAUGUGGUGCCCCCUGAGGACCAUGUGAAGAUGACCAAACUUGAUGGGCAGGUGUGGCUUGCCCUCCUCAACCUCCUGCUCAGUCCCGAGUGCCAGCACAAAUACCGCUUCGAUGGCUUCAACAAGAGCCAGCUCCUCAAGCUCCGUGCAUUCCUGACAGAUGUCCUCAUUGACCAGCUGCCCAACCUGGUGGAGAUGCAGAGAUUUCUGAGUUACCUCGCAGUGACAGAGCCUGCUCCUCCCAAAAAGGAUCUCAUCUUGGAGCAGGUUCCUGUCAUCCGGGAACAUAUCCUCAAGAAAAACUCAGGGAAGUGGGAGGCCAUUGCCAAGCACCAGGUGAAGCAUGCCUUCAGCCCCACUGAGGAGGAGCUGCAGCUCCAGGCACGCAGGUGGGCACAGACCUACAGCCUGGACAUGAUGGAGGCUCUGGCCCCCGACAAGCCCCGCUGCAGGGUGUGUGGUGCAGAAGCAGCCAAGCGCUGCUCUCGCUGCCGCAACGAGUGGUACUGCUCACGGGCAUGCCAGGUCCAGCACUGGCAGAAGCACAAGCCUGCCUGCAACCUGAUGGCCGAGGUGUCGAGGAGUGUGGAUGACCUUUAGUCAAGUGAAGUGGUGUCUGGCAUCUGGCCCGUGGCUCAGAGAGGCAGAUAUUCCCCCAGUGUGGAGCCCACAGCUGGAAAGAAGCUGGCAAAGGCCCCUUCUGCUCCCCACCCCAGGCAGCACUAGCCAGGGUCAGCCUCUCCUCUCCCACCACCCCACCGUGCUGCCUUCUCCAAUAAACCUCCCUUUUUAAAAUCCCACAGCUGCUUGGCUUC